CAUCCGUGACCAGUGACCCCGCGGCGGCGGCGGUGUGUAGCACCCGUGAGAGGCGACGGGAGCGAGGUAGAGGGAGCAAGGCGGACGCGGCAAUGGCAGGCUCCAAGCGCGGCCACAACAGUCGCUACCAAGCUCGCAAUGAGCGGGGUCAGUUCGCCGUCAAAAUCGAGGUGUACUACAUCUCCUCGGAUGAUGAUGUCGCUCCGGCAGGGACUCCUUCGGCCGGUGCCAACCGCGUCAGAGAAGUUGUGCCAUCCAAGUUCAAGAAGACCAGAACAACUCCUCCUGUGAAGGGUGGCAAAGGGAAAGGGCAGGCGUCAACCGUGGUGAAGAAGAAGGGUAACCCCACGAAGAAGACCAGCAAGCCAUCACCUUUCGAGAGUGAUACGUCGUCUUAUGAUUUCUACACCGACUCAAGCGAUGACAGCUCUGAUGACCUGGCCGACUUAUUUGAGAAGGCAAUGGGGGACAUUGACAGGAGGAUGGAUAAGUUGUACCGUACUGUGAAGAAGAGGUUUUUCCCAAAUGACUAGAGUGCAUUGUGAAGGCCAACAUCUCCAGCUAGUGCAUGCAUGGUGUAGUAUACAUAAAUGCAGAUAGUGCAAUCUGGUCCAUGCUAAGCUAGGCUAUGUUGGUUUAUGGUGAUGCAGAUUGUGCAUUCUCUUUUGCUGUAGUUCCUAGUGCAUGGUGAUGCAAAUCUAAUGUAGUGUUUGGCAACUCAGUUGCCUUGAGACUUCUCGAUCCGGUGCUAAUGUAGUGUUUGGCAACUGAGUUGCCUAAG